GCUCGAGACGUCCUCGAAUACCGAGUUGGAGGCCGUGACCUCCUCAGUUCUCCUACUCUAGUAAACCGAACAUCGAACACGUGCAGCGCAUCUGUGACUUGGGUUGCUUUCGUGCGUUCGAUUCCGCCCGUGACGACUCGAGCCGAAUUAUUCGGUCAUCAUAACAUCAGCCUGCCCUCGACCCCGAGCGGUCAUCUCCGCGUCUCUGGUCGGUGCAGCAUAAUUCUAUUCGGUCGGCUCUCUUCGAGUCGAACUUUUUUGACCACGAAUUCCCCGGUUCGCCACAUACACAACCGAGAUGCCGCCUUACAACCGGCCGCUCAGUUUCUCUGAGCGAAGGGGUGCCGUGUUCAACGAGGAGUUGUCGUUGAACACUCACAGUAUGAAGCUGUCACAACAGCGCCCGAGAGGGCCGCCGACGCCGAGCAUGAGCACACCAGCAGCCGAUUUCGAACAAGUCACUGGUUCGCCCCCACCCCCGCCAACUCCUGCCGCGUCUCCCGGACCAUCACAUUCGAGACUGAAUUGGAGCAAUGCCGGAGAAGACGAAGAGGCAUACUUGUCAGGGCUGCGGAAAUAUUUCGUGCAGUGCAAUGGCGGGCAGAGGACCCGGCUGCUGGCGGACCUUUUGAACCUCUGCACCAGUGGGCAACUGAGUUUUGUGCACCAGUUCGUUAGUCCUUUGCUCAAAAAGGAUCCCUUCACCACUCUUCCAGAUGAAUUGUGCCUUCGAAUCCUUUCCUUCAUUGAUGACCCGAAAGUCCUGGCACGCGCCUCGCAAGUCUCACGGAGAUGGCGGGAUCUGCUGAGCGACGACAUGACGUGGAAGAACCUGUGCAUGAAACACGACUACCAGCGGAGGUUGUCUGAGGUCCAACCGCCGAUUCCUCUAACUGCCACGGCCGGACCCGAGGCCCAUCCCUUCGGCCAGCAGGAUGGCGACUCCAUGGGCCAGGGGGGUUCCGGCGCGCUUACUUCUACAUCGCUGCCCGCGAUGUUUGAAGGGAGCGGCAAUGCACGACCCUUGCUGAGGUCGUACAAGUCGCAUUUCAAACAACGGUACCUUGUUGACGCCGCGUGGCGCGCCGGCGGCCACAAUGUGUCUCGCAACAUCACUCAGGACGGCGGUGUCGUUACGAGUCUGCAUCUCACAUCCAAAUACAUCAUUGUGGCUCUUGAUAAUGCCAAGAUUCACGUGUUCGAUACCGAUGGGAAUGCGCUACGGACACUGCAGGGCCACGUGAUGGGCGUCUGGGCUAUGGUUCCUUGGGACGACGUCUUGGUCAGCGGUGGUUGCGAUCGUGAUGUUCGCGUUUGGGACCUGUCCACUGGUGCCUGCUUGCAUACCUUGCGGGGUCACACCUCAACUGUUCGCUGCCUUAAGAUGUCAGACGCCAACACCGCGAUAUCAGGCUCGAGGGAUACGACUCUCAGGAUAUGGGACAUCAGAACUGGACUCCUCAAGAACGUGCUCGUGGGUCACCAAGCGAGUGUCCGCUGCUUGGAGAUCAAGGGCGAUAUUGUGGUGUCUGGCAGCUACGAUGCCACCGCGAAAGUAUGGAGCAUUUCGGAGGGCAGGUGUCUGCACACUCUCCAGGGUCACUACAGCCACAUCUACGCCAUCGCUUUCGACGGCCAGAGGGUGGCAACAGGGAGUCUAGACACAAGCGUCAGGAUAUGGAACGCUCAGACUGGCGAGUGCCAGGCCAUCCUUCAAGGCCAUACUUCCCUCGUCGGGCAAUUGCAGAUGCGUGGCGGCACGCUUGUGACCGGCGGCAGCGACGGGUCUGUGAGGGUGUGGUCUCUUGAGAGGUUCUGCGCCAUACACCGACUUGCUGCCCAUGACAACAGCGUGACCAGCUUGCAGUUCGACGACACCCGGGUUGUCAGUGGCGGUAGCGACGGGCGGGUCAAGGUUUGGGAUCUCAAGACUGGCAACCUUGUCCGCGAACUGGUUACCCAGGGUGAAGCAGUCUGGCGGGUUGCUUUUGAGGACGAGAAGUGCGUUGCAAUGGCGUUGAAAAACGGCCGGACCGUGAUGGAGGUAUGGUCGUUUUCCCCUCCGGCCGAGAUGCUCCAGGAGCGGUCCAUGUUGCCUCCAAAACGCCGACUCGACGGUGGACCAGUCCCGGACCGACCCUUGAGCGCCUUCUCGCUGGACUACCGAGGGCCUGAUUCCGCCAGCGGGAUACAGGACGUGGACAUGGUUGACGCUGGCCCUUCGACUGCGCCCCUUCAACAGACUGGCUCGACAUUCUUCCACGACGAAUAAACACACCGUCCCAGCCACACCGCGGAUUCUCGGCAAACAAAUACUUCUAUUUUUAUUUACUCGCACAUACCCCAUUGACCUGGCUCACACAAAGACAGGCAGACAGGCGUUUUCUUGUCGCAACAGGCGACAACGGCAUACGGGAAGCAAGAUACCAGGUUCAACAUUAACGACAGAGGAAGAAAGACGAGAGCAUUUCUGGGUUAUCCCAAGACCGGGGGC